CGAUACGAUGAGAUAUCACUGAUAUCAGUGGUUACGGAGCAUUUGCGUGAGUGAGACAUCAAAAUUUUUCAUCUCUGCUGAUCUCUACGCGUACGCAUAAAUACCUACGGCAACCAUGAGCGAGCCUCAGUCAAAGAAAACGAAGACCAUGAGUUCGUUAAACCAGCUGAAAGACCUCACUACGAUUGUCGCCGAUACUGGCGAUUUUCAAGCUAUGGAGCAAUUUAAGCCUACAGAUGCAACGACAAAUCCCUCUUUGAUUCUCGCUGCCGCUAAUCAAAAGAAAUACGCUCAUUUAAUUGAGAAAGCUGUAGCAUAUGGCAAAAAAUCUGGAUCUACUUUGACUGAGCAAGUUGAAGCAGCUCUUGAUAUCAUAUGUGUUUUAUUUGGCAAAGAGAUUUUAAAUAUAAUUCCUGGAAGAGUUUCCACAGAAGUAGAUGCCAGAUUGUCCUUCAAUAAGGAAGCCAGUAUCGAAAAGGCAAAAAGAUUAAUCGCUUUGUAUGAAGGACUUGGAGUGAGCAAAGAACGCAUCUUGAUUAAGCUUGCAUCGACUUGGGAAGGCAUUCAAGCGGCAAAAGAAUUGGAGGAAAAGUAUGGAAUCCAUUGCAAUCUGACAUUGUUGUUCUCUUUUGCUCAAGCCAUUGCUUGUGCAGAAGCUGGAGUUACUCUUAUUUCGCCGUUUGUUGGUCGAAUUUUGGACUGGUACGUGGCAAAUACAGAUAAAAAAUCUUAUGAAGCAAAAGAGGAUCCAGGCGUUAUUUCUGUAACACAAAUUUACAAUUAUUAUAAGAAGUUCGGUUAUAAAACGGUUGUAAUGGGUGCCUCAUUCAGGAACGUUGGUGAAAUUAAAAGACUCGCCGGUUGUGAUUUUCUUACCAUAAGUCCUAACUUAUUGGAAGAAUUGGAAAAGAGCAACGAGGUUGUACACAAAGUUUUGAGUGUAGAAUCAGCGAAGAAGUGCGAUCUUCAAAAAAUUAGCUUAGAUGAAGCUGAGUUUAGAUGGCUUUUAAAUGAAGAUCAAAUGGCAACCGAUAAGUUGUGCGAAGGCAUUCGCAAAUUUACCGUUGAUGUGCGCAAGCUUGAGAAAUUAUUACAAGAAAAAAUUCUGUCCAUUAAAUCGAUAGAAUAAAGAUGAUAGCAGAU